CGUUCUUCCUUGUUUCACGGCAGACUCGAAGGGCUGGGCUCAACUGCAAAUGGGGGACGGGCAUCUCACGCCGCCAGGAGAACAGCGCUGCGGCUGCUAAAGGGCCUGGCGCUUGGUAGCCAUGGAAACCAAACAGGAAGCAUCGGCCGUGUGGAGCCAGACCGUCAACGACGACUCGAACAAUUCAACACAGGUGCAUUUUGAAGGCAGCGCCGUGACCCAGAUUGUGUACAGUGGCGAUCAGUCGGACCGGGCGGAGCAGCAGGUGGUCUACACAGCGGAGGGCAACUCCUUCACCUCUGUGGAGUCUGCAGAGCACACGCUGGUCUACAUUCAUCCUGCAGACGGCAGCCAAACGGUGUUUUCUGAUCAGCCUCAAGUGGCUUACAUCCAGCAGGAUGGCACGACUCAGCAGGUGACUGUUCUCCUGCCUGGUGGACAGAAUGUGAAUGCUGCCAAUCUGCACGUUCUCAGUAACGUAGCAGAGGCUCCACAAGCCAUCCUGGAGCCAGUUUCCCAGGAGCAUCUGUCCAACUCCCUGACAGACAUGGCCGACAUCGCUGAGCCCCCCAGCAGCCCGCUUGGAGCCACCGACUCCACAGACGACUCAGACGAAGUCGAUGACGAAGACUCUGAGAUGGACGACUGGGAGCUGCGACACCCUCCGCUGUUCGACCCUCACGCCCUCUGGUGCGAGGAGUGCAACAGUUCCAACCCUUCGGACUGUCCGCUGCACGGCCCCCUGCAUCCCAUCCCCAACCGGCCCGUGUUGUCCAAAGCCAGGGCCAGCCUGCCUCAGAUCCUCUACAUCGACCGCUUCCUGGGAGGAGUCUUCUCCAAGAGGCGCAUCCCCAAGCGAACCCAGUUUGGCCCUGUGGAGGCGCCGCUGGUUUCCCAGAGUGAGCUACAAGACCACAACUUUAAAUUAAAAGUGUACCUGCUGAAUGCAGAGAAGGAAGAAGGGAAGCCAAGCGACGUCUGGUUGGAUCUCUCUGACGAGGAAAGCUGCAACUGGAUGAUGUUUGUGCGGCCGGCUCAAAACCACCUGGAGCAGAACCUGGUGGCCUACCAGUACGGCUCCGACAUCUUUUACACCACCAUCAAACACAUCCAGCCCAAGCAGGAGCUGAAGGUUUGGUACGCCGCCUCGUACGCAGACUUUGUGAACCAGAAGAUCCACGACGUUACGGACGAGGAGCGUAAAGCGCUCCAGGAGCAGGAGUGGAACUGGCCGUGCUACGAGUGCAACCGGCGCUUCGUGAGCUCCGAGCAGCUGCAGCAGCACCUCAACAUGCACGACGACAAGCUCAGCUCCGCUUCGAGAUCCAGAGGCCGCGGCAGAGGGCGAGGCAGGAAGCGGUUUGGGACGGGGAGGCGACCGGGACGGCCGCCGAAAUUCAUCCGCGUGGAUCCGGCUGCAGACACCAACGGAGACAAGACGGCAGAGCUGCUGGAUCCGACGGAGAAGCCGCUGGAGGAGGACGGCGCUCAGAACGGGCUGAAGGACGUGGACACGGAGCCGGAGGGGGAGGCCGGGACGGAGGACGAGGGUCCGCCGGAGCCCCCCGCCGAGGAGCCGCUGCUGCAGGCCGACGCCCCGCCGCCUCGCCCCGACCCGGCCGUUCCCGUGAAGGACGACCCGGCGCAGAGCGGGCAGCCAGAACCGCACCUGACCUCCCAGGACCUUCACCGCGCCAAGAAGAUCCGGGCGGACGAGCAGAAUGCCGCGCUGCAGCACCUCUUCAUCAGGAAGAGCUUCCGGCCGUUCAAAUGCACGCUGUGCGGCAAGGCCUUCCGGGACAAAGACAAGCUGGAGCUCCACCUGCGCGUCCACGGCCGCGACGCCUACGCCUUCUCCUGCCACUGCUGCGGGAAGAGCUUCGUGAGCGACGCGGCGCUGGAGGACCACCUGCUGGCGCACGCAGAGAGCCGCUCCUACUCCUGCCUCCUGUGUCCGGAGACGUUCGAGAGGCUGGAGCUGCUGAAGGACCACGUGGACGUCCACGCCGUGGACGGCUGCUUCAGCUGCCCGUCCUGCGACAAGAGCUUCACGGACUUCAUCCAGAUGAAGAAACACGUCCGCUGCUUCCACUCAGAGAAGAUCUUCCAGUGUCCAGACUGCGAUAAGGCCUUCUGCCGACCGGACAAGCUGCGGCUCCACAUGCUGCGCCACUCCGACCGCAAGGACUUCCUGUGCUCAACCUGCGGCAAGCAGUUCAAGAGGAAGGACAAGCUGCGGGAACACAUGCAGCGCAUGCACAAUCCGGACAGAGAGGCCAAGAAGUCCGACCGGACCCACCGCUCCAAAGCCCACAAAACCAAGGUCCCCUCCACCGACCUGGAAAGCUUCGUGUUCAAAUGCAGGCUGUGCAUGAUGGGAUUCCGGCGCCGAGGGAUGCUGGUCAAUCAUCUGUCCAAACGGCAUCCGGAGAUGAGGAUCGACGACGUGCCGGAGCUGACGUUACCGAUCAUCAAACCCAACAGGGAUUACUUCUGCCAGUACUGCGAUAAGGUGUAUAAAAGCGCCAGUAAAAGGAAAGCUCACAUCCUGAAGAACCACCCAGGGGCGGAGUUACCGCCCAGCAUCCGGAAGCUGCGCCCGGCUGCUCCCGGAGAGCCGGACCCGAUGCUCAGCACCCACACCCAGCUGACCGGAACCAUAGCAACCGCGCCGGUCUGCUGCCCGCACUGCGCCAAACAGUACAGCAGCAAGACUAAGAUGGUGCAGCACAUCAGGAAGAAGCAUCCCGAGUUCGCCCAGCUGGCCAACACCAUUCACUCUCCUCUGACCACGGCGGUGGUCGCUCCGGCAGUCAUCACCGCUGAUGGUGCAACGGCAGAAGCUGUAGUGACCACCGACCUGCUGACCCAGGCCAUGACGGAGCUUUCCCAGACGCUGACCGCAGACUACCGGACCUCCCAGGGAGACUACCAGCGAAUCCAGUACAUCCCAGUGUCGCAGGCGGGCGGCAGUCUGGCGCAGCCGCAGCACAUCCAGCUGCAGGUCGUCCAGGUCGCGCCGGCCGCCUCGCCUCACUCCCAGGCCCAGACAGUCGAUGUGAGCCAACUGCACGACCCCCAUGGCUACAGCCAGCACUCCAUCCAGGUGCAACACAUCCAGGUGUCGGAGUCCUCUGGCGCCGCUCAAGCCGCCACUCAGGGAAACAGUCAGCCUCUAAGCCCCGCCUCCCAGCAGCCCAGUCAGGAGCUGAGCCCCGCCCAGCAGCAGGGGGCGGUGCAGCACGCCUACAUCCCCGGAAACUGGAACUACAGAGGCUACUCGUCUGAGAUCCAGAUGAUGGCGCUACCUCAUGCGCAGUACGUGAUCGCGGAGCCCGGCACGCCCGCCGGGUCUGCAGUCAACAGCAGCCAGGUGAAGACGGCGCACUUUGUCAUCUCUGAGGGUCAGACUGACCUGGAGACGAAGCAGGUGGCUCCUCAGAGCGCGACCCAGACCCAGACCCAGACCGACCACCUGGAUCCGCCGCCCGCGACCCAGCAGGCCCCCACGCAGUACAUCAUCACCACCACGACCAACGGCGGCACCACCGGCGAAGUCCACAUCACCAAGCCGUGACGUCUGGCGUUUCCGCUGAAGAGUCACGGCGUGGGUCUGUGGACAUUUCCAGGAAACGAAACGCUCUCAGCACAGUUUUAUGUGUCUGAAUGUUAGUGAGCUGCUGCCAGAACGUUAUCAGGAAAUCAAAAUAAAGUUUCCAUCUACGACUGAAAACACCAACACCACUAAUUCUGACAUCAUGCACUGGAAAAUAAAACUGAGUUGUACUUUUGGGUUUUUUAAAUAAAAAUAAAUGAAGUGAA